CCCUACAUACCAUAAUCUCCUUCUCUCUCUCUCUCUCUCUGUUUCUUCACAGACGCGAUUGCGAUCUCUGUCUAGGUGUCUGAUUACUCAAUGGGUUUGACGAGAUCUCUCUAGAAAUUCAACAUCCAAUAUCCAUACACACAAACUCUUUCUCUCUCGCUCUCUCUCUCUCUCUCUCUCUCUCUCUCUCUCUCUCUCUCUGCAGAGGAAUGGAGGAAGAGUUAAAGAAACGAAACACAGAUUGCGUGUACUUCUUGGCCUCUCCUCUCACCUGCAAGAAGGGGGCUGCAUGUGAGUAUCGCCAUAGUGAGAUUGCGAGGCUCAACCCAAGGGAUUGCUGGUACUGGUUGUCUGGGAGCUGUCUUAAUCCAACCUGUGCUUUUCGGCACCCU